AGGAGAGUACAGACGAAAAAGAAUUGAAAAGAAAUUAAUUAGAAUAAUAGAAAGAAUAUUAAAGUUUAGAAAAUUGAGAAAACAAUAUGGUGCAACACCAGAAGAUGAUACUAUGAUGAGAUUUAUUAUUGAAGACCUUGACGAUGAAAUAGAUAUAAAUAUAGAGAAUAUUUCCCUUGAAGAUAACUAA